AUGUCAAACUUCACAGAGAGGACGGACAAUUAUCCGAAUCUGAGUCGUCCGCUCGGAUCAAUGAGACCAGAAUAUGAUGUGGUGGUUAUAGGAUCUGGCUAUGGCGCUGGAGUAGCGGCAAGUCGAAUGGCUCGAGCAGGGAAGAGUGUCGCGGUGCUAGAACUUGGCUGGGAAAGAAGAUCUGGUUCAUUUCCACUUACCUUCCCUCAAUGUCUGAAAGAUACAAGCAUCUUGGGUAGCACUGCAAAGAGCUCCUUCAUCUCAAAGUGGCUAUCGUCUAGAGACCCCACGCGGCUUUUUCAAGUAUUUUUAGGCUAUGGACAGCAUUCGUUUGCGGCCCAUGGGCUUGGAGGAUCUUCAUUGAUCAAUGCCGGAGUUUUCCUAACAGCGGAUGAAAGAACACUUCAGAUGAGUCCAUGGCCAUCGGAGAUCAGGGACGAUCCAUCUACGCUUGAUGAAUACUACACACGCGCUGAAACAAUGCUGCAACCUUCCACAUAUCCGGAUAGUUCAACCCCAAACAAACUCGGGCAUCUUCAAGAAGAGUCGAGAUGGCUUGGAGAGAAGAAUAAUUUCUAUCGGGUACCGCUGACCAUCUUUUUCCAUAAUGGCCCCAACAGGGCAGGUGUCCCUAUGCAGGCAAAUAGAGAAUCCGGCCAUGAGUGCACUGGUCUCAAUGACGGUUCAAAAAACUCGGUGGCGACAACUUAUCUUGCAGAUGCCUGGAAUUGGGGAGCUGAGAUAUUCUGCGGAUGUGAAGUUCAAUUUGUAGAAAAGUCGGAUGGCGGAGGCUACACUAUACACUUCGCCUGGCAUGGAAGAGGGAGGUCGGUGUUUGCGGAUCAUUUCAAGGAACAACUCUUUUGGGUCAAAGCAAAGGAAUUCUGUUUUCUUGGGGCCGGUGCUUUAGGAACUACUGAAGUCUUGCUUCGGUCGAAGCAGCACGGCCUCCCUAUGUCACCGCUUGUUGGAAGAAACCUCUCUGGAAAUGGCGACCUUUUGAUAUUUGGUUAUAAUGGUAGUGCCAAUAUCAAUGGCAUCGCCCGUGAAUCUUCGCAUCCUCCCCCUGGGACAACCGUCACUGCCGUUAUUGAUAAUCGAGUCGUGGAUCCACUGGAAAAUCCUCUGUCUGGAUACGUUAUCCAAGAUGGCUGCAUUCCUGAGAUGUUCAACCCAGUAAUCCAACUCAUGCUCACCCUGCAGACCUUGAAGAGCCAGGCACUAUCUUGUCUUCGGAACCCUCGACAAGAAGCCAGGAAGACCGUUGCCUCUCUCAAGUCUCUCCUGUUUGGUCCGUAUGCAUACAAUGGAUCUCUUCAGCGGACUUCAACUUAUCUUGUGAUGUCUCAUGACAGCAACGAGAUAACGUUGACCUUGAAGGAUGAUCAAUUGUGCUUGAGGGGUCCGGAAGAAGGACGAUCCGAGCAUUUCAAAUGGAUAAAGAAGAUGUUCAAGGAGCUUUUUUCUCGCACAGGAGCAGAUAUGGGGUUUUCAUAUUAUUACGGCCGCUACCAGGAGGAAGUCACAGUCCAUCUACUUGGAGGAGCCAACAUGAGCAACGAUGGAACAGGAUAUGGGGGUGUAACAAAUCAUCUAGGAGAGGUCUUCAGCGGCUCUAAGAGUGAAGUAUACAACGGCCUCGUGUGCUGUGAUGCAUCUAUCAUCCCGACGGCCCUAGGUGUGAACCCGCUGGCCACAAUAUCCGCCCUUUCCGAGCGAUCCGUCAACUUGAUCACUGAGCGACGUGGAUUGUCAAUUGACCUGGAGACCAACAAUCAACCUUUGAAUGCAUACAGCAAGCCUAGUGUAUCAUGGGAUUGCCAAGGUCAACAAGACACCAAGAAAGGACCCCAGUCCAUAGGAUGGCAGUUUACAGAGAUUAUGCAUGGGUACAUUAGUAUGGGGUCGGAGAUCGGAGAUUUUGCACUUUCUGAGAGGGUAGGGAAAGGCUCAUCUUGCGCGAUGCGGAUUUUUCUUACGAUCGAAAUCUGUCGACGAAGAGAUUUACAAUACCAAGGAACAUGCACAGGGACGAUUUCUUGUUACGCAUUAUCCAGAGCGACGCUCAAGAUUGUCGAUGGGACGGUGGACUUUUUCACGCCGCUACAACAGAAUGCCGAAUCAUCAGCCAUUUCAUAUCACCUAAAGCUUCUUUCGGUAGAAGGCAUACAGUACCGCUUGGAAGGCCACAAGCUCAUUAACUCGAACAUAGCAUUCUCCGUUAGAAAGACCUGGGAAGCGACAACUACGGUGAACGCCAAUAUCACUCGACUGGACGGGACACAUGUUGGAGCAGGGGCCCUUCAUAUCUCAUUGAUAGACUUCAAAAAGCAGAUGAGAACAUUUCGAACGACAGGAGUCUUCCAGCCCAGUCUUAUCGUGACUUUGAUGUGGUUCUUAUUUUCUUUUGUGUACCAUAUCAGUUUCUUCUUCUUUCGCCCUUUCGUCUACAUGCGCUUCCCUCGGAUCCCAACCAAAGCCACCGAUUCAAAGCAACCACCUUCUACCUCUUCCAGCAUCACAACAAGUGAUGGCGUACAAGUACGCCUUGAUACAUAUGACCCACUUCCUAUUCAAAAGGCAGACGAACCAGGACUCAACUCCAAUCUUUCACCAGUCCUGCUUAUACCCGGCGUCACUGGGGUCGGCGCAAUGCAUAAUUUGUUUUCACUGCCGUUCUUGCGCUGCAACAUGGUUGCGUAUUUCACGCAGCGUGGACAUCGAUGCUACACACUCACGCCUCGUUGGGGCAGUGAUCCUGCCGUUGCCCAGAAAAGCACUGUCUUCGAUUGCCGUCUUGACGUUGCUGCUGCAAUAGCUUACAUUCGCGACAGAGAGCGACAGAAGCCCUAUGUGGUAGCCCAUUGCCAAGGCUCUGUGGCUCUCUGCAUGGGACUGCUGGAUGGAACUAUCCAGAGUAGCCAACUUCUCGGUGUUACUGCCAACUCAGUCUUCAUGAACCAGGUCUUUGGGUAUUGGAAUUCCCUCAAAGGGAGAACGACUCUGCUGAUCCAGUUGUACGAAUUAUUGGCUGGGAAUUACUUCCCGAUAGCCAGCAGUGUUAAGAGUGUUCUUUUCCAACGAUUACUCGACACUCUCCUUCGUUUCUAUCCUGUUGGUCACCCGCGAGACCUCUGCACAUCUACGGCGUGUCGCCGGACAUCUUUCGCUUUUGGGUUGCUAUGGAAUCAUGAGAACCUUGAUAUGGGUCUUCAUGACAACAUUCACCAAUUUUUCGCGGGGACCCAUACAAAGCUUAUGAAGCAAGUGGUUCGCAGUGGAACUCGUGGAGUCUGCUUGGACAAUGAUUCAUGUCCCCUUCUGACAGCCGAGAAUUUGCAACGGCUGCAGGGGUUACCGAUUCUCUUUGUCUCGGGUACGGAGAACCAAGUAUUUAGUCCCGAGUCUACCCUCAAGGACUAUGAGUUGUUACGACGACAAUUUGGCGAGAGACUUUAUCGCAGAUUUCUAGCCGAGGGGUACGGGCAUCUUGAUCCUAUUGUGGGAAAACAUGCGGCCAAGGAUGUAUAUUGGAGGAUCUUUGCGCAUUUGAGAUGGUGCACCAAAGAGAUGGUAAAUAUGGAUUUGCAAGCCAACGAAUGA